AUGUCGCAGGAGAAGGACGUGGAAGUGAUGGAGUCGGGAUUGUUGGGAGAGGUUGUUGAGCAGGCCUUGAUCUUGUUUCUGGCCGCAAAGGUGGAUGUCGGCUCGCUCCAACCGGGCGUGUUCAACAAGCUGCGGGCGAAUUUCUGCUCGACUUCAGAGCCCUCGAGGGCGGAGAGGGCGGCCUUCCUGAAGAGUUGGGCCGCAGCUCUGCAGAACGCCGCGGUCAUGGACCUGAGAAGGCUGAAGCACGUGCAAGCACUGAGCCUGGCGCUUCAAAGUCCAGAUGCCGAGGUCCUUGAAGUGACCUGCUCGGAGUACCACCCACCUAGCUUUGACUUGGGGGCAUCCAUUCAGCAAGGCGUUUCCUCUACGGGCAGCUGGCUGCAUGACCACGAGCAAACGCUCCUGCUGCUGCUGUUGCUGCUUUUGCUGGCAGUGGCCAUGUGGGCAGCGCUGAUCUACGGCCCGAGGGGAUACCAGAAGCUCACGGGCCCUGACCAGCGCACGAUCCGCCGCACCCUUGCGCAACGUUUUGAGUCGCGUGCAGCUCGCAUAGAGCGGGUGAAAUCGCGGGUGGAGAAGUACUCUCAGCGUGCCCUCGACUUGGUCAUGGCUCCCGAGCCGGACUUCGAGGACACAGAGCUGCUGUACUAUGUGAAGGUCCUGAAUAGAUGCAGAAGUCAUGCCAAGGCGCUGCUCGAUGCUAGGACGCAUCUGAAAGUUUGCCCAAGCUUCGCCCAUGGCACGGAACUGGAGAGCUUGGUGCGUGCCCAGGUGAUGUGUGGCUCAGCCUGGGGUCAGUGGCACAGCGCGGGAGACUGCGAGCUGUGCAAGAGACGUCACUUGGCGUCCAGCGUAACAGGACCAGCAAAGCAGCUGUGCGAACGGGUCAUCUUUCGGCAGUCCAAGGCCCUGCGCACUGAGGAGUUUGGCCUCGCAGGAGGGACAGUUCUCGUGGUCUUGGGCCAUCAAAGAUUGGCGCCUUGGGGCAAUUGGCAAGAGGAUUUGGAGGCUGGCACAGGCUGUAGAUCCCACCCGGACGCCGGAACGGCGGCAGGGGCGGAGCAGGCCUCAGUUGACAUUUUGCGCAUGGGCAUUCUGUCCACAAGGACUCUGCAGCUCGCGCAUCUUGCGCCGGCGUCCUCGGCUCUGGGCCGGGCAGUGGGCCAGGAGCUGCAGCGACGGGUGCGCCAGUUGCUGCAUCCUGCUUGGGGAGAUGACGCAGGGAGCUCCAGCGGCAAGUCCAGCAAGCCACAGGACAUUCAUACCCUGGCGGCGCGCUAUGCUGGUGGCUGGUCUGCCUUACUGGCAGGGAGGGAGUGGCUGCUGGAUACCUCGCUGCCAAAGGCGCCUCGACGGUCCAGCGGCACAGCCGCAGCGGUACGCAACUCACUGCUGCUCUGGGACAUCAUGAGGGAAGGCGACGCCGCGCCUCUCUGGAGCGGCGUUCUGCCCUUGGCGCCCUUUCUGCGACAAAGCUUCGCGGAGGAUUCGGAUGGCGAGACGGUGCCAUGCACGUAUUUGUACCCUCAGAGCUCGCAUCUUCCGGGUUGCGAGCACCAAUUUCGGCACGCCCGCAGCCGGCGCCCCAAGUUCCAGAUCUCGGCCUCCACGGAGGACCAGCGGAACUGGUGGCAUCGAUUGUCCCUGCUGGGGCCCAACUGCGCCGAGACGCAGAUCGGCAAAGUGGGCUUCAUCCCGAACCGCUUCUCGCAGCAUGGGGCUUCGCCCAUUGACCCCAGCUUGCCUGAGCCACAGGAGAUCGUCAGAGCGGUGGAUGGCGUGGGCGAGCCGGUUCCAGGUGUGUACCGCCUAACCUUCGGCGCUUUCUACGAGGAGAGGAGCCGCUGGGGGCACAAGUCUUCCUUCACUUUGCACCUCUGGAUUGACAGCCGCCGUGGCCUUUGCCACGCGGACGUGGAUUUCCGUGUGGAGGACGCGGCCUGGGCGGCCUGGCUUGGCCACGGGCGCCGAGCGCCGGUCCGGCCGAGCAAGCGCUGA